AUGUCCUCCCGACCGACGGCGCGCUGCACCCGAGCCGUCCAGCAGCUUCGAGCACCAACAGAAGCCAUAUGGAUCACGGAUGGGCUGCUCACGAGCGCCUUUGAGCGAUACUGCCAUGUAUCGCACCUCGCGCGACGGAACUCGAGCUCCACCCCUGGCCCGCUGGAGAGCAGGAAGCGGCUUGGGAAGCGGAAGAUGACGGCCAUGUACCUCGAUCACCAGUCGACCUUGCCGCCCUGGGCUAUGGAAUUCCCCGUCGACCUCAGCAAGUGGAAGUGGCAGCCGCCGACUCUUCGUCAGUCGAGCGGGGACAACGAUCUGCACGUUGAGAAAGACCGGCCGGCGCCAGCAGAGUCGACUACACCAUGGAUGGUGAUACAGAAGAUGAUGGGGACCUUUGCCGGUGAAGAAAAAGCCCAAGAAGACGACGGGAGGGAAACUAUACCGGCCGACCCCCUUAUGGAAAGGCUCUCGCAAGCUCGAUCGGCCGUUGCUGCCUCUACACGGCAAGCGAUGGACCCGGCAUUUUGGAGCUUCACGCGGCACCUUGAGCAGGACAUCAAGUCGGGCGCACUGGAUUCCGAUGCGGUGGUGAUGGCUGUCUCGACAUUCCCACAGUCCCUCGCCAACGCAGAAGCCGACCGGCGGGUCGUGCGCACUGCCAUUGGGGAAUUCCUCUCGGCCGUGGUCAGCGGCAUCAAAUCGUCCAGUCGUUGCGGCGCUGCGGAUUUCAAAGACACUUUCUGGAACCAAGUCCUAAUACAGACAUCUCAGCUGCGCGAGGGAAGCACAAAGCUAUCGCUGUUUCAAACCAUACUCGAUGCGAUUCCUCUCUCCUACAUCGACGAUGUCCACGAGGGCGUUGUUGCGGCAGUGCAAAGCCUAGUCGCCCGCGGAAAGUGGCGCACGCGGGCCGCGGACAUUGGCGUCGCGCUCCGCAGACUAUCUCCCGAGGACCACAACGCACUGCUCGGCAAGUUGGAAACUGCCAUUCACGAAAGUUUGAGAAAGACUCAGAAGCAGACGCUUCAACUACUUUGGUUGCAGAUCUUGGCGCACAUGCCGCUGGUAGGGCAGGACUACCUGCUGGACGCUUGCGUCAGAUCGGCCUACUUCGAUCGGUGUUUGCUUGGGUCCGCCGGCCGAGAUCUCAGCGAGCUCCUCUAUGACCAAUGGACGAGCCGCGGGUAUCUGCAGUAUCAUGGACCGGAGGUUGCUGAAUGGAAACGCGUCUCCGGCGGCCGUCCUGAGCUCAGUCUGGCCGCGCUGGUCGUCAAAAUCGGCUAUAACACCCCCGUCGAUUACAUCGCCAAGGGCGUGUGGAUCCUGCUGAGCCUACUGAAAUUCUUGCGUCGCUUCGGGCGUCAGGAGGACCUGUUUGAUUCCAUGCGAGCUUUCUGUCAAGUGGCCACACGCCUCCCUAUUGUUCCGUUCUCGCUGCUGGCCAAGGCGGCCGGCGAUCACCGUUUUGCUCUUACCACACUUUCGAUGUUAGAGAACCGUGCGGAUCAGCUGGAUGGCAAAAAGCGGCAAUGGUGGCAGUGGUUGCCCCAAUCCAAAAGGGACCACCAGAUCCUCAAACAAUGGGAUUGGAAGGCCUGGCCGCGCUACGUGGAGGGCAUGAUCAAGGAUGAGUCCAUCAACCCCGCCGUCGUCUGGAAGGUGGUACGCAGUGGGGCCGUGGCCGACUUUCGGUGGAAGACCGACUGGCGCCGGGUCGAUACACGGAAGAACGUAGAACGACAGCUGCCGUACAAGCGGCGUUUGGCAGAGGCAGAGCGAUGGAGGAAGACGAGGAUCGAGCUGAUUCAGAAUAUGGCUGUCUGGUUUUCAGAGGCAGAACAUCUCACUGACAGCAUCAUACUACGUAACGUGGGGCGGUGCGUUACGUGGCUCAGGGCACACGAGGUCGAGCUGGAGCGCAGGGUGGUCUUGGCGGUGGUGACGGUAGGCUUGCGGGAGCUCAAGAGGUGCGAGCCUGGGAGGACGCGUCGGAUAUCCUGGGUGUUGGACAUUAUCGAGGAGCACGGAGGGGAGAAGGAGAGGCGGCUUGUUGCUCGAAGGCUGCAACGGUGGAGGGAGGCCAACGUUGCCUCGGGCGCGCGUGCGGAGGAAGCGAAAUCAGGGUAG